GACAUUGUGGGCCAGGAAGGACCGCCCCUUCCGGUGUCCCAGUUCCGUUCGCCGCCUGGGCUCCAUGGCUGCUCUGGGUCGGCAGAUUCUUGACUGGCAUCGUCUAAGGGCCCUCUCCUGGGCCUGUUUGGCUAGGCAUACCCCUCAUCUCAGAGAACAGAAAAGGAUGAGUCCUUCUUUGUUUUGCAAACUGACUACAGCACCCAAUGGAGAGAGCCUUCAAGAGUUGUCCUGUGUUAAACCCAAAAAGUAUGUGCAGGAGCCAGAGCACAGGACGCGUCUUGUUCAGUGUCUUCAUGAGGAACAGAGGACUUGUGUGGAUCCGAAGUCCUUGGAGCUUGAGAAAGCUAUCACUUCCCUGCAGAACAUGGGUUUUGAUGAAGCCCAUAUUAACAACUUGCUCAGUAUGCAGCCAAGUGUCCAUCCUCAACAGUUGCUGGACAUAAUCUCAGAAUUUCUGCUCUUGGGGUUGCACCCAGAACCUGUAUUUAUGGCCUUGAAGAAAAGUCCACACUUACUGAAACUAUCUCCAACGCAAAUGAAGAGGCGUUCCAGCUACCUGCGGAAGCUCGGCCUUGGAGGAGGGAAACUAAAGAGAGUGCUUCACGGUUGCCCUGAGGUUUUCACCAUGCGUCAGCGGGACAUUGACAAUGUUGUGAAGGUCCUCAAGGAGAAGUGCUUGUUCACAGUACAGCAAAUCACGGAGCUUUUGAACAGAUGCCCACGUGUUUUUCAGGCGGACCCCAGUGAACUAGAAUACAAAUUCCAGUAUGCAUAUUUUAGGAUGGGACUUACGCAUCUGGACAUAGUCAGGACUGAUUUCUUACAGUAUCCAUUAACCAAGAUCAAGCAGAGACACAUAUACCUGGAACGCCUUGGACGGUACCAAACCCCUGAUAAGAAGGGGCAGACGCAGAUCCCUAAUCCUUUACUAAUGGACAUUCUCAGAGUUUCAGAAGCUGAGUUUUUAGUCAGGACAGCGUGUUCCUCUGCUGAGGAGUUUGAGGUUUUUAAAAAGCUCUUGGAUCGAGAAGAAGAGGAAUCUGAGAGCCAUGCAUCUGAGGAGGAAGAGGAAGAGGAGGAGGAAGAGGACGAGGACGAAGAGCAGCUGUGAUGAGGACUGGGACAAAAAGGGUUCAGUGAUGCCAGAGAUCAUUCCUAUUAUUCUCAAAGCUUUGGGGAGAUUACCUGGAUCUUCUCAAGCAUUUUUCAUACUAACACUGGCCAUUUGAUGAAAAAAACUGUUAUGAUCCACUGGAUCACAUCAAACCAGAUAAGAGAUGCUUUGUUGUGAUCUGUUGGGUUCUGUGGGAGGCCUACUGCAUCCUAAAUAAAGGACUCAACUGUUAAAAUCCAGGGGAUGCAACCCA